UAUGAGGUACAGACGUGUACGAAGUGAUGAAGCAAGACAUAGCAAGAUUCGACACAUCUGACUACCCUAAGGACAACAAGUUCGGGAUGCCACACCAGAACAAGAAGGUUCUCGGCGUGAUGAAGGAUGAGUGCGCUGGCAACGUGAUGGUGGAGUUUCUGGGCUUGCGCAGUAAGAUGUACUGUGUGCGCAUCGAUGGCCAGGACCCAAUCAAGAAGGCGAAGGGCGUCAAGGGCACUGUGGUGAAGAAUAAGAUGGACUGCAAGGACUAUCAUCGCUGCCUUUUCGAUCGGGAGAUCCUCGUCCGCCAGCAGCAGAACAUCCGCUCAAGGAGGCACGUCGUCACCACGGAGAAGCAGGAGAAGGUCGCACUCAGCCCCCACGACAACAAGCGCCAUCUGGUGAUUGGUGAGACCGACACCCUACCGUGGGGGCAUUACAGUCUUCGGACAUGCGAGGCGGCAUUGGCAGAGGGCGCUAAGAUCUGCCCCUGCAACGAGGAGGAGCCGGCAAGCAAGAGACCGAGGUUGAUAUAGAUGCUGAAUGAGUAGGAGAAGAAGAAACGGAGAGGUAGUUAUAAGUUGGUUGUACCUCACGGGUGGGGGCGUGGUUGGGACCCCCACCACACCGAACAACAAGUUUUUACUCGUUCGAGCUCUCUGCUUGCUCUGACCUGCUUACAGCUCUCCAAUUGGUCAAGCGGCGGUGGCGGCUCCAGUAGUCAUAGUGGGGAGAUCUAUACAUAAGGCUGCGAGGCAGACUGCAGAGAUCAUUCUCACCAGUCGACUGACGAGUGAACAUCACCAAGUAUUCUCCUCGCAGAAAACGAUCCUCGCAGAAGACGCAUCCUCGCAGAAGACGAUCCUCGUAGAAGACGCAUCCUCGCAGAAGACGCAUCCUUGCAGAAGACGCAACCUUGCAGAAGAUGGAUCUAUCAGCAUUCAACAAGGUGGCUUCUGGGGGCUUUCUCCCGACGAAAAAGGUUGUGGAGUUAGAGAAGGAUCAUUCCUACCUAGUGACAUCUUUGAAAACAGUGAAAACCAGAUAUGGUCCACACGUAUUGUAACUCUAGAUGAGGAGUUCCAAAUAUUCCUUCCAGGACGAGUAUCAUCCGCUCUCAACAAGGAUGAGACUUUGUUCAAUCAGCUAAGUGAAGCUGCGAAUAAGCUCAAGUUGAACAUAACCUAUCUUGGAGAUAACAGCGUGCAGUUUGAUAACGCUUAAGCGGGUAAAGAAACGGAGAGGUAGUUACAAGUUGGUGGUACCUCACGGGUGGGAGCGUGGUUGGGGCCCCCACCACACCAAAAAACAA